UCGGUCCAGCGGCAGCGCGAGGAAGGAGGAGGAGGAGGAGGAAGAGGAGGAGGAGGAGAGGAAGCGAAAUGAAGGGGCCGAGGAGGAAACCCAAAAGAGUUCGCUUGAAAAAGAGCGAGGCAGAGUUCUGAAGGCAGCGCCGGCAGCGGAGUUUGCUCGCUCUCCAUCCUCGCUUCUUCUUCUUCUUCUUUUUUUUUCCUCCUUCUUGGUUCUUUUUCUUUUCCUUUCCUUUCCUUUCUUUCUUUCUUUUGGCCUGGCCAAACAACUAGCCUAACCUUAAACCACCUUCAGGCUUUUCUCCUGCCUUCUUUUUCACCCUUCCUCCUUUUCUUUCUUUUUUUCUUUCUUUCUCUUCUUCUUCUUCUUCCUUUCUCUAGCUCUCCCUCUCUCUCCCUCUCUUCUCUUUCACCUUGGUGCCCGAUCCCCUGGGCGCACGAUCCCGGUGUCCGAUCACCUGGGAAGAGGAGGAGGAGGAGGAGGAGGAGGUCACCCCUGAGCAUCACAGGCGACAAGAUUUUCCAGCUCAAUUCCCAAAGCCGGGAAGGACUCUCUCUCUCUCUCUCUCUUUCUCUCUCUUUUUGCCUUGCCUGAAUGUGAUUUGCACCUGGCCGCAAAGGGGGGACGCGCCUCACUUUGCUUUCUCCGGGUACCUUAGCCAGCCCAUCACCUGUCACCUGUCAGGGGAGUGUGAAGCCGGCGGAGCGAGAAUGUAUCAGGGCCACAUGCAGGCAGUAGGUGAGACCUUGAAGAAAAAGUGGCUGUGGCUUCAAAAAUGCAAGCUGAUCUUUGCAGUGGGGAAAGGCUCUAGGGCGGCAGAUAAGGCUGUUGCCAUGGUGAUGAAGGAGAUACCGAGGGAGGAGUCUCCGGAGGAAAAACCCCUCCUUACUAUGAAAUCACAGCUUGUGAAUGAGCAACAAGAAAGCCGGCCCCUGCUGAGUCCUUCUAUAGAUGACUUUCUUUGCGAAACCAAAUCAGAAGCCAUUGCACGUCCGGUGACAUCAAAUACAGCAGUUCUUUCAACAGGUCUGGAUCUCCUCGACCUCAGUGAACCUGUUUCCCAAACUCAAAGCAAAGUGAAGAAGCGGGAGAAUUCCUCAAGAGGGGAGAGUUUGAAAGGAUCGACCCUCAGAAGGAAGACUGACAAACCAGACCUUAUCUGUGUGGACACCGAACAGAAGAUCCAACCACUCAAGGUUCCAGAGAAAUCAUUGGAUUUAGUCAAUAUCCAGGCUCAACUAGAAAAAUGGGAUGAAGUUAAGCAUCGUGGAGAAAAAGCUGGCAAAGGUUCUUCAGGUGCUGAGAGAAAAUCAUCAUCUUCUAAAGCUCCAUCAAAAGAAUUUGUGUGGUUGGCAGAAAACAGGUCCCAGCCUGAACUGGCCACCAGUAAAACCACAUUAGAAUCUAUUUCAACCACGGAUUUAGAAUUAGCCCCCGCACCAAAGGGCCGGUCAACCAAAGAGCAAUGUUGGGGAAGACCACUCCUGUCCCGAAAUCAUUCCAUGGAAGAGGAAUUUGAACGCGCUAAAGCUGCCGUUGAGUCAGACACAGAGUUUUGGGACAAAAUGCAGGCAGAGUGGGAAGAAAUGGCUCGCAGAAAGUGGAUUUCAGACAGCCAAGAAACACGAGGACAAGUGGCUGUCUCCAUUAAUGAGAAGGGUUAUUACUUCCACACUGAAAAUCCCUUCAAAGAUUGGCCUGGUGCUUUUGAAGAGGGACUAAAAAAAUUGAGGGAAGGAGACUUGCCGCUCACCAUCCUAUACUUGGAGGCAGCUAUUCUCCAAGACCCACAUGAUGCUGAGGCCUGGCAGUUUCUUGGAAUAACCCAAGCAGAAAAUGAAAAUGAACAGGGAGCCAUAGUUGCCCUCCAACGGUGCUUAGAGCUUCAGCCAAACAAUUUGAAAGCUCUCAUGGCCUUAGCCGUGAGCUUCACAAACACUGGCCACCAGCAGGAGGCCUGUGAAGUCUUAAGAGGCUGGAUCAAACAGAAUCCCAAGUACAGAUUCCUCUUCAGAAGCAAGAAAGGCUCUCCAGCGUUGCCCAGGAGGAUGUCAAAGACAGCCGAUGAAAGUUCCCUGCUGGAAGAAGUGAAGGAGUUAUUUCUUGAAGGAGCUCAUCAUAAUGGCGAAUUGAUUGACCCAGACUUACAGACGGGACUUGGAGUGCUCUUUCAUCUGAAUGGGGAAUUUAACAGAGCAAUAGAUGCAUUCAAUGCUGCCCUCACUGUGCGCCCAGAGGAUUAUUCGUUGUGGAACCGUCUAGGUGCAACCUUAGCAAAUGGUGAUCGAAGCGAGGAAGCGGUAGAAGCCUACACUCGAGCAUUAGAGAUUCAACCUGGCUUUAUCAGGUCUAGAUACAAUUUAGGAAUCAGCUGCAUCAACCUAGGUGCAUAUAGAGAGGCGGUAAGCAACUUCCUCACAGCUCUCAAUCUGCAACGAAAGAGUCGGAAUCAGCAACAGGUGUCUCAGCCGGUAAUUUCAGGUAAUAUUUGGGCUGCUCUCCGGAUUGCGUUGUCUAUGAUGGAUCAGCCAGAACUCUUUCAGGCCGCUAAUGUGGGUGAUUUGGAUGUGCUAUUAAAAGCGUUCAACAUCGAGUCUUAACUACAAUCCCUCUCGGUCUUUCUCGCUCACAUCUUCCAAAUGAAUCGUAUAAAGGCUCUCCCAUAAGAGAAAAUGUCCUUGCCCUGGCAGCCUGAAUAACAACAACCCCAACAGAAAUGAUUUGGACUUCUUUCAAUCGUGAAGGACCAGCAGAUCCCAUCAGAUCUUCAGUGGGGAUGGAAGGAAAAAAGACGUUCAUAAGCACAACAUUUUGUAAAUACCCACCGGAUGGGGCUUGGAUGUUCGUGACGGAAUUAGGAGAGGAACAGCUAUCUUGAUAACCUAACAUCACUUUGAGAAACAACCUUGCUUGCAUGUUCUCUACAACAUCCAUAGGUACAAAGAAAGGAAGGUUGCCUUACCAUGCUACAGAGACUCAAGAGCACAUAAACCAGGAACAAAGGGCAAGUUUUCUUUAAAGACUUCUUCUAGGCCACCGGAUUUGCUGCCCUUGACCCAGCGCAUCAGUGGGGAAAAUGGGUAACUCAAGGUUUCAUUUCCCACAGAUGUGAUCUUCAGUAUAUGUGCAUGUUAGAUAGCUGUGUUUUCUCCAUCACUGUAUUCAACUGGCAGGUACUUAGGGAUUUCAAUUAUAUUAGCCGAAUUUUUAUUCUGAAAGCUGUUACCCCUGUUUACCCCGUCACACAGAGUUCUCGCGCAAUUCCAACCCGAUUUGUGCAUGUCAAAUGAUAUCUAUCAGGGCUGUGUGUCAUGCAAUUGUAAAACCGCUAUUUGCACUAGAUGUCGGGGUACUUAUGAGUAGGGCUGGACCCUUAGACAGGUAUCUGGGUGACCUCUGCCCCCUUUUGUCUUUCUAGAUCCAAACACCACACAUUGUGACAUUUGACACACUAGCUCAGGGGUGGGCAAAUGUGGCUCUUUUACAACCUGUGGACUUCAACUCCCAGAAUUCCUGAGACAGCCAAGUAAAAGGGCCACAAUUGCCCACCCCUGCACUAGCUUAUUUCAGAAUAUUAGCUUUCAACCAUCCGUUUUAGGUGUUUCUGAAAUGCACUGAAAUAUUGGGCUGGAUGUCACUUGUUACUAAAAACGCCAGAAUGUACAGGUAAUCCUCGACUUCCGACCACAAUUGAACUCAAAAUUCCUGUUGUGAAGUGAGACAUUUGUUAAGUGAGUCUUGCCCACAUUUUACGACCUUUCUUGCCACCGUUAUUAAGUGACUCGCUGCAGUUGGUAAGUUAGAAACCCGAUUGUUAAAUGAAUCUGGUUUCCCCAUUGAUUUUGCCAGUCAAAUGAUUGCAAAAUCAUACAAUGAUUGCAUGAUCUUGUGACACAACAACGGUCAUAAAUACGAGCCAAUUACCAAGCAUCUGAAUUCUGAUCACAUGAUCACGGUACAAAGGUUGUAACUGUGAAACGUGGUCAUAAAGUCCCAUUUUCCAGUGCCAUUGGAACUUUGAAGGGUCACUAAACGAAAUGUUGUAAGUCAAGGACUACCUGUAAUUGGAAUCGGUUCAAGAUGGCUCCCAUCCCCAAAGCGGCCAGAGAGAGUUUCAUGCAGUUGCUAGGCAACAGCAAUGUGCUUCCUUCAAUGAACAGCCCAACGCUGUUGGCCACAGGCAUGGUGAAAAGCAAACAGGAGUUUUUAGCAGCUGGCUGCAUUAUGUCUCAGCAGGUAUCUGGCCAUUGUAUCUGCUGAACCUUGUUUUGAGCAGAGCUCACAAGUUAGAUAGAAUUUAUAAAACUUGCACUUUAAUCUAGCUUUCUUGUUUUUCUUUUAAAGGAAGACCACAUGCCGUGCUUUCAGCCCCUCAAAAGAUGUGGACGUGGUUGCAUUGGCCUAAACCAAGGUUUCCUAGCUUUAAAGGGGUGUGGACUUCAACUCCCAGAAUUCCCCAGUCAGUCAACUCUGGGAGUUGAAGCCCACGCUGCUUAAAGUUGCCAAGUUUGGGAAAGCACAAGAAGAAGGCUACCUUUAAAAAAAAUAAAUAAAUAGAAGUUACACAAUUACAGUGGAGCAUUGAGAUCACAUGGAUGGCAAAUAUUGGCAAGGAGAGAAGGCACUACAGUUCCUUCGCCUAUUUCAAGAAAAUGUGGAUAUGGGCGCAUCAUUGUCUGAAGUGGUGUAGGGUUUCCUGCCUAAGCAGGGGGUUGGACUAGAAGACCUCCAAGGUCCCUUCCAACUCUGUUAUUCUAUAUUCUUGCUUUGGCAAACAAAGCAACUCCCAUUCCACCCCACUUUUCUAUUGCUGUAAUAAAAAGUUGCAGAUGGAAUGCAAAAUUGCUUUCCACCCUUGAGAGAAAUGUGGCCAAAUCUUUUGGCCAAUGCCAAAGGGAGGUUAAAAAAUACAUCACCACCACCCACGUCCACUAGGGAAAAUGCCAAUUGAGCUUCCCUUACACACAAAUGCAGGAGUUUGCAAUCUGUUGGCUCCAGGUACCUCAAGACAAUAAAGUGCCUCAUGAAGAAAAAAAAAAUCCCCUUAAUUCAUCGACAAAGGGUCACGUGUGGAUGGAAGAGUACCAUUGGUGGGAUUUUUCCGCAUGUUCUGGAUGGAGAAAGAGUGAUUGGGCUCUUCCAGAGGUGGUAUUCAGCCGGUUCAGACUGGUUCGGGUGAACCGUUUGCAGAAAUCACUGCAAACCCGGCCUGACUCUAUGCUGUCCUAUUUAGGCAUGUUUUUGAGGCUGGGUGCAUGCACGGAAGAUGCGCGCCCGAGCAAAGUGCAUGCGCUCACAUUUUCAGUGCUGGGUGAACCAGUAGGUAAAUUAUGUAAAUUCCACCUCUGGGCUCUUCCAAUAGGGUUUUCCAUUUCUGUGUUCAUUUUACAGGCUUUGUGGGGCUUCAAAUGCUGGGGAAACAUGCUGUCCAUUUUCAACAAUGCUCAGAGGCAGAAAUGGGGUGGAAUCAGAGGUGGGUUUCAGCAGGUUCUGACCAGUUCUGGAGAACCGGUAGCGGAAAUUUUGAGUCGGUUGGAGAACCGGUAAAUACCACCUCUGACUGGCCCCGCUCCCAUCUAUUCUCUGCCUCCCGAGUCCCAGCUGAUCGGGAGGAAAUGGGGAUUUUGCAGUAUCCUUCCCCUGGAGUGGGGUGGGAAUGGAGAUUUUACAGUAUCCUUCCCCUGCCACACCCACCAAGCCAUGCCAUGCCUACCAGGCCACGCCCACAGAACCGGUAGUAAAAAAAAUUGAAACCCACCAUUGGAUGGGAUGUAGUCUAAAUUUGCAGGAGGGAGGGGCUCUUUCCCAAAGAACAAAGAGACAGCAGGGCUUGGAAUCUUUGGUGUGAAGGUAACAGUUAUACAAAUACAGGUAUUCCUCGACUUAGCACCACAGUUGAGCCCAAAAUUUAUGUCACCAAGUGAACAUUUGUUAAGCGAGUUUUGCCCCAUUUUUACCACUUUUGUUGCCACUCUUGUUAAGUGAAUCAUUGCAAUCGUUCAGUUACUAACAUGGCUGUUAUCUGAAUCUGGCUUCCCCGUUGACUUUGCUUGUCAGAUGGUCGCAAAAGCAGGUCAUGUGACCCCUGGACACUGCAAUGGUCAUAGCAAUAGCAAUAGCAAUAGCACUUAGACUUAUAUACCGCUUCACAGUGCUUUUACAGCCUUCUCUAAGCGGUUUACAGAGUCAGCAUAUUUGCCCCCAACAAUCUGGGUCCUCAUUUUUACCCAUCUCGGAAGGAUGGAAGGCUGAGUCAACCUUGAGCCUGGUGAGAUUCAACCUGCCAAAUUGCAGGCAGCUGGCAGUCAGCAGAAGUAGCCUGCAGUACUGCAACUCUAACCACUGCGCCGUAGCAGUCAUAAAUAUGAACCGGUUGCCAAGCAUCUGAAUUUCGAUCACGUGACCAUGGGGAUGCUGCAGUGGUUGUAAGGUGUGAAAAACGGUCGCAAGUCACUUUUUCCAGUGCCGUUGUAACUUUGAACGGUCACUAAAUGAACUCUUGUAAGUCGAGGACUACCUGUCGUUGAUGGAGUCUGGAAACUGAAAUAUCGGACACCAAGAACACAUGUGGAGUCGUUUCUGAGGAGUUUCUCUAUUGUUGUUCCACCAAUAGACAGAAAUCUUGCCGUAGACUAUUAUAACUAUUAGAUAUCUCAAGGGUUGCCGCAAAGAAGAGGGAGUCAACCCAUUCUCCAAAGCACUUAAAAGCAGAGCAUGAAACAACGGAUGGAAACUAACCAACCUAGAGAUAAGGAGAAGUUUCCUCACAGAACAAUUAAUCAAUGGAACGGCUUGCCUUUAGAAGUUGUGGAUGCUCCAUCACUGGAGGUUUUUUAAAAAGAGAUUGGACAACCAUUUCUCCGAAAUGCUACCUCUUUGAAUAGGGGAUUGGACUAGAAGACCCCCAAGGACUCUUCCAAUUCUGUUAUUCUGUUACCCUAACCCUAACCCUAACUCUGUGAACUGCUAGGGAGAGCCACCUUCACCCUCUUCCUGCCUACCAGACAUUCCUAGCUCCAUUGCCCCCUGGGAAAGAGCCUCUUGCUCCUGCAAUUCUCCUGCAACUCCCAUCCACCACAGGAUAUCAGAUUAAAAACAUACAUACAUACGGUACAUACAUACAUACAGAGGUGGGAUUCACUUACCUUCCCUACCAGUUCGCAAAUGUGAGCGCAUGCGCCACCACUGCAUGUGCACAGCCUUCUGGGUAUAUGCAGUAGUCGCGCAUUGCGUCCAGGCGGGUGGACGGAGCCUCCCGCAGUCACCGCUACUGGUCUGCGCGAUUCGGACAGAACCGGCUGAAUCCCAUCACUGCAUAUAUACAUACUGCAUAUUACCUGUAUCUUCAGAUGAAAGCAAAUAUCUGGGAUCUCUUUUGUUAACUCUUACAACUGUCCACUCUUAUUUCUGAACGUGGAUCCACAGAUGGAUUUGCCAGGCUUCCCACCAGCCCGAAAUCAAAGGUAUUUUCAGCACAUGCCCACAAAGGAAGGCUAUUCAGUUCUAAUAACCAGGGACCUUAGCAGACGCAAUAACUUUUAGAUGUAAAUGCUGCAAUCCAUCUUGCCAUUUCCCUCACCCCUCCCCACCCUCUCCAGUGAGGUUAUAAAGCUACCAGUGCAUAUCUAUUGGAAAAUGCCAUUUAUUUUUAUGGCGAGUGAGCAAAAGACCUCUCUCCUGACUCUCUGAUGGCUCUCCGAGAGUCGAGAGAUGCAACAGUUCAUUAGCAGGACUGAAAUAACUACAUUAUAUUGUUUCAUAGGAGACUGGAAUGUCAAUGUAAUGGGAUGAAUAGUACCUUAAGGGAGGGAGGAGAAAAGGAUCUUUGAUGAGAUGGCUGCCUAUGCGACCGAAUAUUUCAUGUGGCUGCUCUCUCCUUUUUUAAAUGUUCAGUCAGGACUGACUGUGGAUUGCAUUGGGACUUGCUUGCUGGACCUUGUUGGUGGCUAAAAUGUGGUAGCAUGACGUGCAACACUUAGCUCUGCCACCAAAAUGGUCUACCAUGUGUCAAGGUUAUUCUGUUCUCUUCUCUUUCCACGAGAGUCUAGCAAGGUGCUUUCCCUGUUGCUCAUGAGUGGUGCAACAACAUCAGUGAAAUCAGUGGUGGGAUUCAAAUAAUUCAACAACCAGCUCUCUGCCCUAAUGAUUGGCUGGGUGGACGUGGCCAUGGUGGGCAUGGCCAGGGGGUGUGACAGGCAGCACUUGGCCUCAUGUACCCCCCCGGAAGCAAAAAUGGGCCGCGUGGGGGGGACGCACCACACUCCCCCCCGGUGCCCCGUUUUGGGCCUAGUAGCCCUCCCUGCACUUACCUGGGAGCCAAAACGGGGCAUGUAGGGACUUCUGGAAGGGGUGGGGUGGGGAAGGGCUGGGCCAGCUAGCAAUUUAACAACCUUUUCGGCCAAAAUGCUGCGAACCGGUUGAAUCCCACCACUGAGUGAAAUGGUUCAGGAUUAUAGGAUGGAGAAGGAAUUCAACCCAGCAUCUUCAAAGUGGUACCCGCUGCUGCCUGACCUUCUUCCCAUUGCUUGGGCAGACCCCUUUUUUAUUUUAAUUUCUUUCUUUUUUUAUUUUAAUGUUCCAGCUUUCCCCUUGCAGAUACAAUAAACCUUCAAUGUACUGGACUUCUUCCGUCGAGUGGAUGUUGGAUCUAACAGACCAACGAUCUCUCCUCCAUUUUAUGCAUGCGGACUUCCAUUUAACAAAAACCCACUGGCCAUUUUACACAUGCAUCCAAUAUUAUUAGCUAAGGGUAAAAUCACAUUUGUCCUUUAGGAGCCAUUUUGGUCUUAUGGGUUCUCUUUGCCCCUUUUAAAUUUAAUCAUGGUUUUUUACAGUCCCCUGACAUUUCUGUUUUUAUCUAAAGAUAUAGCUAGAUCCACUUAAGUUAGCAAAUAUACCAUCUCGUUACCAUUCUUCUUUUCCCUUAUUAUAUAUUUGUGUGUGUGCUUGCGUAUGUGUGCAUGUAUGUGUGUGUGUGAGAGAGAGAGUGUCUGAUCUUAUAGAGGUAAAAAUGUGUGCGAAAGAGAUAAUUUUUUUAAAACAGAAUAUAGACUCUCAGGUACCAGUACACUGCAUGUAGCCAUAUUUAACCUGGCAAAUGCUACGGCUGGCUUAAUCAGUCCCUGAGCGAACAACAUUAGUAAGCAACAGUUUUCUUAGGGCAUGUAGGUCGUUUUGGAUCUUUUCUCUCCAGCCUCAAAAUGUCUUAGAACUGCUAGGACCUCUGAGUUUUGCCCCGUUUUACAACCUUCCUUGCCACAGUUGUUAAUUGAAUCACUGCAGGGGUUAAGUUAGUAGCACCGUUGUUAAGUGAAUCUGGCUUCCCCGUUGAUUUUGCUUGACAGAAGGUCCCAAAAGGUGAUCGCAGGACCCUUGGACACUGCAGGCGUCAUAAAUAUGAGUCAGUUGCCAAGCGUCCGAAUUUUUUUCACAUGACCGUGGUGCAGUCGUAAGUGUGAAAACGGUUCUAAAUGUUUUUUUAAAAAAUGGUUGUAAGUCACUUUUUUAGUGCUGUUGCAAGUUUGAACAGUCACUAAAUGAAUCGUUGUAAGUCAAGAGCUUCCUGUGCAUCCAUCUUUCCUGCCAGGGAAGACGUAUCAUUAAAACAUGAAAUUUUUAGCAGCUAUGGGUGGAUGAGAAGCAUGAAGACGAUAAUGUAACAAUCACCAUGUUCCCAAGUGUGGGAGAAGAUAAAAUACCAAUAGCUGACGCAGAUGGAACAACCCAAAUAUAUUCAUGUCACACAAUGGAUGUAAUGAAGAGACGUUGAUUUGAUCUCUAUUUUUAUAACCUGGAAAUUGGCUCAAUCAGAUAACUCCUUAGCUGAAAUUUAUCUUGACUCCGUAGCUGAAAUUUAUCUUGAGGUUUUAGGGUAGAUCAGUGGUUCUCAACCUUUUCUUCACCAUGGACACCCCUCCCCCCUUGAAAUACCUUUUGGGACCAUGGACCAUGGCCACAGACUCCCAAGACUUAACUCAAGAUUUAAAUCACAAUAUUUUUUUCAAACUUUUGCAGACCCCGUGACAUUGCGGCCUUCCAGGGUCUGCAGACCAGAGGUUGAGAACCAGGGGUGGGCUGCUGGGGGUUCGCAGGGGUUCGGGAGAACCUCUAGCUAAGAUUCUGUACAGUUCGGAGAACCCCCAAAUCCCACUCCUGGUUUGCCCCACCCGCCCCACCCCACCCUUCCCAGGAGUCCCCAUGUGGCCCAUUUUGGAUGCAGGGCGCGUGCGGAGGCUCGAGGAGGGCAAAAAAUGGGCCUAACGGAGCCUGGGGAGGCCGUUUUCACCCUCCUGGAAGCUCAAGGAAAGCCUCCGGAGCCCGGGGAGGACAAAAAUGCCCCCCCCUUGCCAUGGUGGAGGAAGCCGACUAGGCCACACCCACCAUGGCCACACCCACCCAGCAACCGGGUAGAGAACCCCUUCCUAAAAUUUUUGAAGCCCACUCCUGUUGAGAACCACUGGGGUAGACCAUUUCUAGAAAGCCAACUAUCUCUCUUCAAGGAUGCAGAUCUGUCGAUUCACAAAGAAAACGAGAGAGAGCAAAACGUACUGUGUAGUAGCAGCUUCCCUGAUUUAGUCUCCCCUAAAAUCCCAGCAUCUGUAACUAGCAGAUUAACUGACCAUAUUCCUUGGGAAUGAUGGGAGUUAAUUCUAGCAACUCUGAAAGGCAUCCAAGGUUGGAAAAGGUUACGCUACAGACAAGACAAUCUCUUACGUGUGUGAAGAGUAUUCAGUGAAGUGUGAAACUUCAUUGAAAGAAGUCCCAAAGGUGCUUUUUCAGGAGGCAACUGGACUUUCUUUCUUUUUUUCCU